AUGAAUAUUCUACCUAAAAAGAAGUGGCACGUUCGAACUAAAGAAAAUGUCGCUCGUGUGAGAAAAGAUCAGAAAUUGGCUGCUGAGGAGGAGAAACGUAUAAGUGAGCGUGCGCAAAUUGCUGAACAACAGUUCAAAGUACAUCUCCUGCGAAAGAAUGCUGAUGAACGAAUGUUCCAUUUAUAUGAAGGGAAACAAAAUGAGACUCGAAAUAAAGAAAGCAUUCAAUUAGAAGGUCCUUCAGGACAUGUGAAUCUUUUCGCUGAACUCGAAGAAGAGGAUCGUAAGAAUUUAGGAACGACUAAUAAGGAGUAUGAGAUAGAGAAACGAAAAGAACAAGAGGAAUACGAGUCUAAAGUUGGUAUUCUCAAAUAUCUUGGCGAAGGAUCGAAUGAAUUUGCGAAGCAGAAAUGUUGGUAUGAACAACUCCCUUCAAAGCGAUCCAUUGAUGUGUCGGAAGAAGCAACUUCAAGUAGAUCGAGGAAAAUUCCGAGUGGAGUGAUGGAUCUUGGAAAACCAACUAAACCAACUGAAACAGAAUCCAAGAAAGAGAGGAAAAGGAAAAAACAUAAGAAGAAACAUCGACAGUCUUCAUCAAAAGAAGGCAAAAAUAGCCGAAAUAGGAAGCGAUGUCGAAGUGCAGAUUCUGAUGAAGUACAAGAGACGACAUACAGUACUUCAGUUAAAUCAUUUAGUAAUAGCAGUGAUCAUCUGGAAGCAUUGCGACUGGAGAGACUGAAACGUGAAGAAAUGGAAAGGAGAAAGGCGUUUGAUUUGUUGAAUCCAAAAGAUAAUAACAGUAACCACAAACAGAGUUAUACAGCUAAGUACAGUUCGCAGUUUAAUCCUGAACUUGCUAAACAGAAUCGCCACUAA